AUGAAGUACAUCGUGAGACUUCUCCUAGUUGUGGCAGCAUGUGCUCAACAAACGCAGCAUGGGAUAUCAGACACCUCCUUCUAUGGACAAAGCCCACAGGUCUACCCGUCUCCCCAGACCAAAGGACUAGAUGCCUGGGGUCCCGCUCAUGCGAAGGCGGUAAGGCUCGUGCGCCAGUUCACACUAGAAGAAAAGAUACACAUUACGUACGGACCUCCUGCGGCUAUAGAUGGUUGCGCGGGAACCAUUCCGGCUAUUAAGCGCGUCGGAUUUCCUGGCCUUUGCCUGGCGGAUGCAGGGAAUGGAGUUCGAUCAACAGACCUCGUCAACGCCUACGCUUCCGGCAUAAGUGUAGCAGCAAGUUGGAACAAAAAGUUGGCCAAGAAACGAGCGCUCUUCAUGUUCAACGAGUUCAAAACGAAGGGUGUGAACGUUGCUUUGGCCCCAGCUGUUGGCGCUCUAGGACGAGUCGUCAAGGGCGGCAGAUUCUGGGAGGGCCUCUCUGCUGAUCCAUACCUCGCGGGGCAACUAGCUUCGGAGACGAUCAAAGGGGCGGUGGAAGUUGGAGUGCAGACCACAACCAAGCACUACAUUGCGAAUGAGCAGGAGACAAAUAGAAGCCCAGAGGGCGACGUGGCUUCGGUGUCAUCCAAUGUGGACGACAAGUCUAUGCACGAACUCUAUCUCUGGCCUUUCCAGGAUGCUGUCAAGGCUGGCACUACGGGAGUCAUGUGCAGCUACAACCGCGUAAACAACUCGUAUGCCUGUGGUAACAGCAAGAUCCUCAAUGGAUUGCUCAAGACUGAGCUUGGCUUCCAGGGAUUUGUCCUGACAGACUGGGGCGCACAGCCCAGCGGUGUCAACUCGGUUCUGGCUGGGUUGGACAUGGCGAUGCCUACCACCCACUACAUGGGAGUCUCCAACUUUACUGAAGCAAUCAAUAACGGAUCCGUGCCCCUAAGCAGGUUGGACGACAUGGUCACACGCAUCGUUGCGGCCUGGUUCUUCAUGCGUCAAGACAAGGACUUCCCUUUGCCGGGUAUCGGCAUGCCCCUGAAUGCCUCCAUGCCGCAUAGACGAGUGAAUGCAAGAGACCCUGUUGCAAAAAGUACAAUUCUAGCUAGCGCUGUGGAGGGCCACGUCCUGGUCAAGAACCUCAACAACGCGCUGCCCCUGCGGAAGUCGCUGGAGGUGGCAGUCUUCGGCUACGACGCCCACGUCCCUCGAAUGUACGGUACCUCUGGGAUCGCCACGGGCUGGCGCGUUGGGUUCAGCUCCGCAGACGUGUCGCAGGUUCUCUCCAAAUUCAUGGGUACUUUUGUGCCCCCUUUUCAGAGAAUCGCAUCGUUUGGGACAAUCAUCAGCGGUGGCGGCUCGGGGGCCAAUGCUGCGCCGUACAUCUCCAGUCCGUUUGACGCCCUCAGUCAGCGAGCCUGGGAAGACGACACUAAUAUCUCCUGGGACUUUGAACAGCAGAACCCUACUGUAGCUGCCGAAAUCGACGCGUGCCUUGUCUUCAUCAACUCGUUUGCGUCGGAAGCCUUCGAUCGACCGCAGCUCUAUGAUGAAGGUUCCAACAAGCUGGUCCUCAACGUUGCCAGAAAAUGCAGCAAUACCGUCGUGGUGAUUCACAGCGCCGGUCCAACGCUGGUCGAGCCCUUUGCUGACCACCCCAACGUGUCUGCGAUCAUCUAUGCACACCUCCCAGGCCAGGAUUCUGGGCGUGCUCUGGUGUCUCUGCUUUAUGGCGAUGAGAACUUUAGCGGGAGACUGCCAUAUACUGUCGCCAAGAAUGAGUCUGAUUAUGGGCAUAUGCUAGAUCCAGCUCAGCCUAGCGGUGCCCACAAGCUCUAUCCACAGAGCAACUUCACGGAAGGAGUGUACACAGAUUAUCGCUAUUUCGACGCAAACAACAUCGAACCGCGUUACGAGUUUGGGUUUGGCCUCUCGUUUACGACAUUUGGGUACUCAAAUCUGGCCAUCCGCAAGACUUAUGGGAAAAGCCUGUCUCAGUACCCCCAGGGACCCAUCGGAUCUGGGGGACAGAGAGAUCUUUGGGACGUGUUGGUCGAGGUCAGCGUUGAAGUGCGCAACACCGGGCGGUACAAGGGGAAGGAGGUGGCACAGCUCUACCUGGAGCGUCCCGACAGGUCCAAGUGGCUCAGGGGUUUUGAAAAGGUCUUGACAAAUCCCGGCGAGAGGAAGAGGGUAACCUUUCCCUUGACGAGACGGGACUUGAGCGAGUGGGACUCUGCUGCACAGAAUUGGAAGUUGUUACGCGGCCCUGUCAAGUUGUCUGUCGGUGCUAGCUCCAGGAAGCUGCUUCUACACAGCACUCUCAAGCUGUGA